UGUCGCAUCGCAAACCGCGUCUCCGUCGGCUGUCGCCCAAGGAACGUGGCUACCUUACCCUUUAUACCUCAGGUCCUGGCUUUGAGUCGAUCACGGGACGGACGGUAGGCACCAUAGCUUGGCCUAUGCGUAACUGCCGCUUACGGGCAUCUUCGUUGAUUCCCACUACUCUUCAUGUUGGAUUGUGAUUUCUUUCCUACGCAUUGCGCCAGCGCACUCUACAUUUUUAUGUUUUGAGUUCUCGGGAUCUUUCACUACAGCAUCUCUAACUUACAUAUCUUAUCCCGAGAACACUUAAUCCGUUGAGCUAGAAGCGGAAGGAACGUUCUUCUGCUUCUUUUUCAUUUCCCUCAUCUUCAAAUGGCCCUGGCUGGCCCUGGCUGGCCCUGGCCCUGGCUCUGGCCCUGGCUCUAGCUUGGGACUGGCGGACUGGCGCAUUGCUAGGGGUAAUGAGUACUAGAAGGCCCGAGACAGAGAUUCUAGUUCACAUCGCCGCGCCAGCAAGAGCUGCUGAUGAUGCGCGAUACCGAGUGUUGGCUGGCGCAUACUUGAACUUUCAGCCCAGAGCUCGGACAUCGAUUUUUCUCGGCUCCGGCUUGUCAACCAGGGUCGGCGCCGGCAACAACGAGGUGCCCUCGACCCAAAACAACGAUGUGUCUGCACUCACGGCGACAGGGCCGGCGGUGAUGGACUCACCGCAGUUGUCAUUCCGGAGCGUGUUGGACAAUAUCUCCUCACCAACCCUACGACGGCUGCCUGGAAAUGGAAAUAUGGAUACCAAAUCCUCCCAAAUAGAGCCAUCGUGGCACACUCCCCCGAGUGUCGUGCCCGAUUCCCUCCCCGAGAACAAUCUGGCAAUUUCUCAGUACUGCUCGCCAACGAGGAUUCUCGAGCACUUUCUUCAUAGGCUCAACAGUACCCAGUCCGACCACUCUCUGCUCGCGCAGGCACAGCAGCACCCGCUUGCUUCAUGGUCCCUUGGUAGCGAUGGCCCGGAAACCUCCCAGCCCUCCAGCGCCGCCUUUCCUGCUAGCCAGCGCUAUCCCGUAAGCCAGCAUCAUCCCACAAGCCAGGAUGAUAACAACAAUCAGCCGAAAUGCUUGCCACCAACUAUUAUUAUGUCAUCGCUCGUGACAACGAGGGGCCAAGACAUACCACGAAAAGGAGCUACAGAUACUACUGAGGAGUUACCUACAUCCCCAACCUCGCAACAAAGGCUGGCACAAACACCUCCGAUAUCAUCAUCGCUGCCGUCAACUGCAGGCGAUAGUUGUGUACCAAACACUGACGAAGAACGCCGUUUCGCCAUUAUUCCACUGUCUCCCAUUAUUACCGAUAUCAAACGCCGUCUUCCUGCCGCGCCCACACCCACGUCCCGCGUCGAUGAAACUCGUAUCGAGUCUUCAUACCCGUCCCAACAACACGACACACAAACUGGUGAGUGUCAGUCAUCAUCUCGAGCUAGAUCAGAGCCGCCUCCGUCCAAACGCCUUCGACGCUCGUCGCCUGACCCGGACUCCGGUAAGCCCCUGGCCCGCAGCUCCAGCGACAUUGGCCCGCGGGCAAAGACAUCGGCGCAGCUGCAGCAACGGCAACAGCGGCAGCGGCAGCAGAGGGUGGCAACCACGCAGGAAAGCCUAGACAAGUUAGGCCUCGAGAUCAUAUCUCCGGCCCCGCCCGCCUCAAUCAAAGAACUGGACCCGGCAAACAUGGUGACCGAGAUACUCGCCAAGAUGGCGCGCGAUCUGAACCUUGAGAGGCGGUUCAAGCCAGCAUCGCAGACCCGGGACCUGCGCCCUUUCGAGAGGGGCUACUGGCUGCUUGACUGCACUACAUGGGAUCUCUCCCUGAAGCACGCCUCAUGGAAAUUCAUGAUCAACUACUUGGGCGAGGGCUGUGCCGGGUGGGGCGCCGUAUGUCGACGCGAUCCCGCCUUUUCCUGGAUUCGGCUGUACUGCUGGGGCUGCGUAGCCGGCCACAUGUAUUUGCUGCUAUACAUCAUGAGUCAGCGCAAGAUCGUCUACACGGGGGCAAAAUGGAUCGCCGCAGACGGCAAGCCUGUCAUUGUGAUGGGUGCUCGGGCCCAGGCAGAGCGUUAACUAUUGGGGAGGGGUUCUUGAUUUACGGAACUCGCCCCUUUUAUCAAGGCCCUUUGCAGGUCUUCUUCCUCUUCCUUUUUCAUCGUCAUCAACUCGGGGGGUUUUUUAUAGGCGUUUCUGGUGUAUUGAGCAUGCCAUGGCGCGUAGUCUCAGCAUGGCAUGAUGCAAGCGAUCGGGAAAGGGAGGCACAGGUCUUUUUUGAUCCCCUUUAUCCAUAGCAUCGUGAGCCGGGAAUUUGGGGAGGGGAGGGGGCCUGGUUGGGUUGGGCGAAAACAUGACGCAGAUAUUACAAAAUAACCAAAAUAACAAUGUUGCCCACUCCCUUGUG